AUGAUCCUUGUCAAAGAGUGGACCUGGUGUGCAAUUAAAGAACAAGCAGAACAAGUACCAGUGGUAAAUGAUGAAAUCUCCGAACAGGCGUUAGCGACCAUAUGCUUAGCGAUUCGAGGUUUAUCUCCCACACUGUUUACAACUAGUCAUCAGUUGGCAGAGGUCGGAUUCAAGGUAGAUGACGCUUGGCUGGCCAGCUUAUUAAUGAAAGGUCUGCCAAAACAAUAUGAUCCGAUGAUCCUCGGCAUGGAGUCAUCUGGAAUCAAGUUGACCGCGGACAUCGUCAAAGCAAAAAUAUUGCAAGAUGUGAAAAUAUCAAGUGAGACGAAGCCCGGUGAUGAAGUGUUCUUUAGUAAAACCAAGCCAGCUCUGAAGGUCAGUAACGAGAAAUCAACUAUCAAGUGUUAUCGAUGCAAGAAAAUGGGCCAUUAUGCAUCCCAAUGUUCAGGUCAAGUCGUUGAAAAGAAGAAAGAUAAGUAUCACAAAACUAGUGGUCAUGCAGCGUUCUUUGCGGCAUUUAAUACAAGUCAGACGUCUAAAACAGCAGUAGCUGAUGAAGAUUGGAUUUUUGACUCCGGAGCAACUAGUCACUUGUGUAGAAAUCAAGAUUUACUUACGGAAGCUGAAAACAUAUCGUCGAGUAUCAACGUGGCCAACAAUGCUGUGGUACCGGUGGUUGCAAAGGGAUCAGUAAACGUAUCAGCGGAUCUUGGAAGCACAACUUGCGAAAUAUCGAUGAACGAGGUUUUAUGCGUACCGGAUCUAGCAGUCAACUUGUUAUCAGUAUUAUCGGAUAAUUGA